GGGUGGGUGGUGGUGGUGAAGAUCCCGGUCAGUAGCAGCAGCAGGAGAGAGAGAGAUCAUCACAGAGGGACGGAAGACGCGUCCAAACUAGCUUCUAUUUUAUAUAAACACCCCCUCCUCCUCUUCCAUCACCAACAUCACCAACAUCAUCGUCGUCGUCUUCGUCGUCGUCGUCACCAUCGGAAGAGCAACAAAGAUUUGAGUGGCUUGAGACACCCGGAGCGAUGAUGCAGCGGUGGGGUGGUCGCGUUUUGUAAAUCCUGGCAAGGCGGGUUUUUAAUAAGAACAAUAAAUAAAUUAUUGUAUGAAAGUGGAGAAAAAAAAAUAAUCGUGGUUGUCGGGGGAGUUUCUGUUGCAGCCAAGAGGGGAGGGCGAAAAAAAAUUAAACGUUACAAAUAAAUGUAAGCAAUUAUUUAUAUAUUUGAAAUAAAUCCAAAUAAAUUUCCUAUAUCUAUAUAUGAACAAUUUCACUGAGACGAGGGCGUGAGGAGGGAAGCCACAAGCGAGAGGCGACGUUUUUUUAUUAUACAAGUGUGCGCGUGUGUGUGUGCAUCAGGGUGCUACAGGGCAAAUGUACAUACAGGUGACGGCCAUGCUUCCCCUCGUGUGCACUCUGCUACUCGCGCCGGCCGUCAUCGCGUCCGACACGAGCGUCCGGUCAACGUUGUUCUUCGAGGAUGACCUUGCGUCUUCAUCGGCGUCCUCCCCGUGGUCCUUACCGGGUCGCGCCGCCUCUCUGGUGUUCUCGUCGGCGACUGGUGCGUCCGUGACAUGCCCUGCCAACGGAGCCCCGCUCGCCGAGCGCCGCUGGUUCACGUACCGCUCGUCCGGCGGUGGUGGCGGGGGGGGGCGGCGGCGGUGAUGAGGAUGGGGACGAUGGCGAUGAUGACGGAGAUGGCGAUGGGGAAGAUGUUGACGGAGAUAAAGACACUGGUGGUGCCGGCGGCGGCGGAGGUGGUGGCGUCGGUGCAGGAGGCGGUGGGGAUGGAACGAUGGGAGUCAGCAGUGUCGAUAGGAAGGCGGUGGCACUGGAUGACGUGCCGGGCCUGCGCAGGGUCCACCCCAACGGCACGCUGAUGAUGAGUUCAUUUGCGGCGGCAGCGUACACGGCACGUGCGCACCGCUCCACCUGCUACUGCACGGCGCAGAACCCGGCGGGGCGCGUGCGCAGCAGAGACCUCGCCAUCACCGCCGUGCUGCGGGAGCCGUACACGGUUCGUCUCGAGGACCAGAAGGCGAUGCGUGGAUCCACGGCCGUGUUCCGCUGCGUGGUGCCGUCCUACAUGACGUCAUACGUGACGGUGACGGCGUGGGAGCGCGACACCGUCCCCAUAGCGCCCGACGGACGGUUCUUGAUCACGCGCGCUGGCGUGCUCCACAUCAGCGAUGUGCAGAAGGAGGACGAGGCGCACACGUACCGCUGCGCCACGCGGCACCGCUACACCGGGGAGUCGCACACAAGCAACUCGGCGCGACUCGCCGUCAUGGAGCCAGCACGAGCCUCGCCCGUCAUCCUGGACUCCAUGCCGGGACACACGCAGGUGUGGGCGGGUCAGUCGGUGGAACUGGCGUGUCGCGCCGUGGCACACCCGCCGCCCACACACCGUUGGGUGCGCGAUGGCAAGGCCGUCAUGCAAACACAGGGCCGCUACCGUAUGGACCAGGCUGCGCUGCGGAUCGACAACGCCCAUCCGGGGGACUCGGGCACUUAUGCGUGCGAGGUGUGGAAUGAGCUGGGCGCCGCUCACACAUCCGGCAGGCUCACCGUUACCGAGCCGCUGCGCGUGUCGCUGUCUCCACGGAACGUGCGCACGAGCGCGGGCAGCUCCGUGGUGCUCACCUGCACCGUGUCGGGCGGCGGCGUCCGCUUCGCGCCGGACCCCGCGCUCGGCAUGGGCUCUUACCGCGUGCGGCCGGGGGGGGCUCGCGCCGGAGACAUAUACGCCGCGUCGGACUCGUCCUCCCCGCGUUAUCCGGGCUGGGAGCCGGAGUUCCGCAUCACCUGGUACCACAACGGGGAGCGCCUGCGGGAGGGUGGAGGAGCUCGCGUGCAGGGGAGCCACAACCAGACGCUGGUGCUGACAAGUGUGACGCGCGCGCACGCCGGCGCGUACCAGUGCUUCGCCGUGACGCCACACGACUCGCAGCAGGACUACGCCCUGCUCGCACUCGAAGACGGGACUCCGAAGAUUGUGGCGUCGUUCAGGGAGCGCGUGGUGAGUCCGGGCGAAGCGUUCUCAUUGGUGUGCACGGCACGCGGGAACCCCGCGCCCACCCUCUCCUGGCAGCUUGACGGGGAGCCCCUCCCCUCGGACGCCCCCCGUCUCACGCUCGCCACUUCGCCCGCCGUGGGCGUUGUGGGCGAUGUGGCCGACGUGGCCCUGGUCAUGAGCCAUGUGAACGUGAGCAUGGCGCGCGUCACGGACAGCGGGACAUACCGCUGCGUCGCACGCAACGCGCACGGCGAGGCCAGCUACCAGGCCACAGUCAAUGUAAGAGGUCCCCCGAGCAUCCGGCCGAUGCGCAACGUGACGGCGCUGGCCGGACACGACGUGUUCAUGCACUGCCGCGUCGUGGGCUACCCCUACUACUCGAUCCGCUGGUUGCGCGACGGGCUGCCGCUACCCGUCAACCACCGGCAGAGCGUGUACGCCAAUGGCACGCUGCGCCUCUCCGAGGCUCAGAAGGGCCAGGACGAGGGCGAGUAUGUGUGCAGCGUGCUCGUGCAGCCCCAGCACAGCAUCCAUGCCAGCACACACCUUGGCCUCCGAGUUCCGCCCAUCAUCCAGCCGUUUGAGUUCCCGUCGGUGUCGGUGGGGCAGCGGGUGUUCGUCUCGUGCGUGGUGGUGUCGGGCGAGCUGCCCAUCCUCAUCUCGUGGCGUUGUGACGGGCGGCCGAUCCGCGAGCACGGCGCGCCGGGUGUGGUGUCGGGCAGCGCCACGGGCGUGCGUGUCGAGACCCUGGAGUACACGAGCUCGCUGCGUGUCGCCAGCGCGUCGCCCGUGCACGACGGCAACUACACGUGCGUGGCGAGCAAUGCCGCCGCCACUGCCACACACUCCAGCCGCCUCACCGUGCGCGUCCCCCCGCGGUUCGUGGUUCCGCCCGGGGACCAGGACGGGAUCUUCGGUCGCCCUGCAGUCCUCAAUUGCUCCGCUGAAGGAUACCCAGCCCCCUCCAUCACCUGGAAGUACUCGGCAGGCGGAGGAAUCCCCAGCUUCCAGCCGCUGGCGCUGGGCGGCGGGGGGCGGCUUCAGCUGCUGGCGAACGGCUCCCUGCUGCUCACGCGAACCCUCGAGACGGACGCCGGCCACUACCUGUGCCAGGUCAGCAAUGGUGUGGGAACAGACAUCAGCAAGGCCAUGUUGCUCUCUGUGAGAUUGCCGGCCAUGAUCACACGGCACCCCAACGCGUCUCUCGCGGUGCUCGGCCGCCGCGAGGAGCUGCAAUGCUCGGCGCGCGGCGACCGCCCGCUGCUCGUGCGCUGGGAGAAGGACGACUCGGUGAUCCAGCCGGAGCGCUCGUACCGCUACGCCAUCGACACGCAGGGCAGCGCCGGCGAAAUGACCUCCACGCUGCAGAUCCUCCCAGCCAUGCGUGGGGAUUCGGGUUUCUACUCGUGCCACGCAGUGAACUCGUAUGGGGAGGACCGCGCCAUCAUCCAGCUCACCGUGCAGGAGCCUCCAGACCCCCCGGAAGUGAACGUGCGCGAGGUGACGUCACGCAGCAUCACGCUGAGGUGGAGCGCCGGCUUCAACGGCAACAGUCCAAUCACAGGCUUUGACAUCCAGUACAAGAACGCGAGCGAGCCGUGGGAGCGCUCCCAGCAGACGAGUGGCAUCUCUCCUGAGAUCUCUCUUGCCACCGUCAUCGAUCUUCACCCUGCGACCUCCUACCGCCUCCGCGUAGCCGCUCGCAACCACAUCGGCCGUGGUGAUGCCAGCUCCGAGAUCCUAGCCACCACGCAGGAGGCCGCCCCGGACGGCGCCCCGCUGGAGGUGGUGUUGGAGCCGGUGUCGUCCCAGAGCAUCCGUGUUUCCUGGAUGGCCCCGCUACGCGAGCUGCGAAACGGUCUCAUUCGUGGGUACCAGGUCGGUUUCCGCGAGCUGGCGCUGGGCACACACUUCAUAGUGGUGGACGCGCUCACGGCCAGCGGGGCGGCCGCGGCGCCUUCAGACACGGCCUCGCUCGACGGCACCACCACUGAGGGAGGGGGUGGUGUGGGCGCUGUCGGCGGUGCCGUCGUGGGUGGCCGCGUGACCCUUGACCCCGAGACGGGCGGCUCGGUGCUGCUGCGGGGCCUGCGCAAGUACGCGGGGUACGCGGUGGUGGUGCAGGCGUACAACCGUGCCGGCACCGGCCCCACCUCCCCCGAGGCCACUACCACCACCCUCGAGGACGUGCCGAGCCGGCCCCCUGGCACGGUGACCGUGGUGGCCAUGUCGUCGGAGGCCGUGGAGGUGACGUGGGAGCCACCCCCCAGGGACGCCUUCAACGGGGUCCUCACCGGUUACCGCGUCACCUACUGGCCCCUGUCAACCGACGGCGACCCCGGCGAGGUGAGCAAUGUGAGUACGACGGAGACGCGCGCGCAGCUGCGGGGGCUGCUCAAGUACACGGAGUACAGUGUGCAAGUGGCGGCGUGCACACGGGCCGGGGAGGGUGCACGCAGCCUCGCCACGCAGGCCCGCACCGCCGAGGACGUGCCAGGAAGUCCGGCUGGGAUUAAAGCGGCCGCUGCGUCGGCGAACGCGGCCAUGGUUUCGUGGCUUCCGCCCCUCACGCCCAACGGCCUCAUCCGCAAGUACACCAUCUACCUGAACUACCAGGGCCAGCCACACACGGUGGUGAGCGAGUUUGAGUCGGCGCCCGAUACACUGCUGUACCGCGUGGGGAACCUCCGCACGGGAACGCGCUACGUCGUGAGUGUGAGCGCCAGCACCGCGGCCGGGAGAGGAAACGCCACCCACAGCGUCCCCGUCGAGGCCAUGCACAAGGCGCCGGCGCGGGUGCUGUCGUUUGGAGGCCGCGUGUCAUCGCCGUGGAUGAGGGACGUGCAGUUACCCUGUCGCUCCGUUGGCGAACCCGGCCCCUCCGUGCGCUGGACCAAGGACAGUGACGGCGUGCCUGUGGCUCUGUGGUCGGAUGCGCGCCGUCUCAUCCACACCAACGGCAGCCUCGUGAUCCGCGCCGUCAAGGCCGACGACUCAGGCUUCUACAGCUGCGAGGCCUCCAACUCGUGGGGCUCUGACCGCAUCACCCUGCAGCUCACUGUGCAGGUUCCGCCUGAUCAGCCACGACUGUCCGUCUCCAAGACAACAGCCAACUCCAUCACCCUCACUUGGGUCACCGGCGACGAUGGAGGCAGCAACAUCCGAGGCUACGUGCUGCAGCUGUCGUCGGAGCGGGGCGAGCGCUGGGACGAGGUGCGCGUGGGUCCGGGCGAGCGCUCGCUACGUGUGCAGCAGCUGCGAUGCGGCACGUGGUACAAGUUUACGCUCGCCGCGCGCAACGCUGUGGGCACGGGGAGGAUCAGUGAGAUCCUCGAGGCCAAGACGCAGGGCAAAGCGCCGUGGUUCUCGCGCGCGGAGCCCGACUCCCACACGCUGUCCUUCGUCAACUCCACGCACGCCGCGCUGCUGCUCUUGGGCCUCUCGGAUGGCGGUUGCCCCCUCACAUCCUUCUCUAUCGAGUUCCGCCCCAUCGGCACGCCGGGCACCCCCGCCUCUUCGUCAUCAUCGUCCUCGUCAUCCAUCCCGAAACUCCCGGGGCUCACCAAAGACUCGGAUUUGCCUGGCUCCGCGCUGUCUCUCGGCGGCGGAGGCAGCGGCGGCGGUGGAACGAGAGUGGCCCCGUGGUCGCACCUGCCUCCUGGCGGGGCUGGUGGCGGAGGCGGCGGAGGAGGCGGCGGUGAUGGUGGUGUCGCCGGGGCCCCCGAGGGUUGGGGUGCGGCCACGGCCGGGCAGCCGGGGUGGUCGCGGCCGCCUGGGCCUCCAGCGGGCGGCCCCUCGUCCGCCGUGGCCGCGCCUGACAGUUGGACCCGGCUUGCGCCGGCCACUGCAUCUGGAACAGGCGGCAUUGGCGGUGGUGGCGGGGGUGGCAGCGCCGGCGGCGGCGUGGGCGAGGGCUGGUGGCGAGCGGACGGGUGGUCGCGCGUGCACGCCGUGCUGGCGUCUCUCCGCGAGGGCACGUGGUAUGAGGUGCGGGCGCGCGCCUGCAACGCAGCUGGCUGCUCCGAGCGCCUCCACUCCUUCGCCACGCUCGACGCCAAUGGAGGCACGGUGCCGCCCCUAACGCGGCUGGAUGCCGAUAGUCCGCGGGUGCCGGAUGGCGAUGGCGUCGCGCUCACCGCGUCGCUCUGCUGCGGUCUCCUGCUCCUCUCUGCCAUCUUGGCGCUCGCCUGCGCCGUGCGCAAACACCGCCGCCAGCGCCGCCUCAAGCGGCUCAGAGUAAGAGCUCCCGGGCCGGGGACCCCCCCAAGUGGCAGCCCCAGACCCCACGCGUUCACGUGGACGUCCCCCGCGCGCAGCUCCUCAUCGACGACAAGGGCAGCACGGAGCGCCUGGACGUGGAUGACAAUGCAACGGUGUUGCUGGGCGAUGGAGACUUUGCGUCGCGGCCUGAGCCGUUCCCCUGCGGCCUCGGCUCGGCCGCCUCCGCCUCCGCGCUGGAGCCAUCGCUUUCGCCGUCGCGCGGGGCCAAGUCGGUGCUGGGCACGUCCCUGACCCUGACGCCGUCCUCGGGCGGGGGGCCCGGGGCUCCCUCGGCCUCGGCUGGCACCCUCACGGCGGCCGCGGCGGCGUCGUCGUCCGGGGUAAAGGCGGUGGGCUGCACCCUUUCCUCGUCGUCCUC